UUCUCAUCAGUGUCGCUCUAUCUCCCUCACUCUCUCACUAUAAUUAAUAAGCACUAGACGACUCAAGUUAAUUACAGUAGAUUGAUUGCGUGCGGCGCCUACGACGUUUUGGAUCAAGUGCUUGUGACUUAUUUAUAUUAUUUAUAUCGCCAAGCAUGCUGAACAACAUUAUCAAUUUUGCCAAUUAUUGGUGGUUCCGAUACCUAAUGGUGACCGAGCUGUAUGUGGUCGAGAAAUGGGAGCGUGUAACGAUACACGUCAUCUUUAUGGUCCUAUUUUGUGUGUUCUGGUACUUUAACUACUCAGUGCUGCUUUCGGUGACCGGCAAUAUCUUUGGAUAUUCCCCAAUUGCAAACGGUCUUUUGCCCCCACUGCCUCAUGGAGCCGCUGGCGUCAAGGUCACAUCAUAGUUUCGCUUGAGAAUCUGUUAAAAAAUCUGCUGUUCCAACAACAAAUUAAUUAUUAACUAGUUGUCGUACAUACAUACAUAGAAUGCUAUGCUAAGAACAAAAUGUAAUAGUUUUAAAGUUAGUAACUCAUGGAAUUCGCGUUAGCCUAAAUAUUUGUAAAUGUUUCCUUACCUUCAGAUAUAUAUAUGAUAUGAUA